CACUUUGCUGUUGUCCCAAGAUCCGAUCUGGUCCAUCGCCUCGAAUGAGGGUCAUCAGUUACGAGUUCCCACUACUAUCAAUCAGUCCAGAGAAGACAAUAGAAAGGGAGGCCAUCGACAACAGCAACAACUGCAGUGGUGACGGCUCAGUCUCGUCCCUUUACUGGUACCACUAGCAUAGUAGUAGCUAGCAAAGGUCAAGGUCUACAACCAAACAAACAAGUCCGUGGGGAGCCAAACCAAACGUCAUAAGAGGGAGCCGCUCUGCUGCGAGCAAUGGACCUAGUGAGCUGAUUGAUUGAUUGAUUCAUUGUAUUUUUGCCAAGUCAGCAUGCCCCGAGCGAUCAUCAAUGGUGGUCCAGCCUCUUCGACUACUUCACUGAAAAGCGCCAUGAAGUCGUCGUCUUCGGCGGAAGAGUCCGUGACGGCGGUCCAACUGCGCGGCAAAGUCAAGGGCCUGGAAGCCAACGUGUCGGCACUCGAAGAGCAAUUGGUUCAAAAGGAAGAACGAAUCAAGCAAUUGGAAGCUGGGCUGCAGGAGAACUUGGCCAUGUUGGCCGAUUUGGAGCAUAUGGAUCAAACACGAAGUAUCAAGAGUCGCGAUGCCAAGAAGGAACGAAAGAAAGAAAAAAAGAAGGAAGAAUUGGUCGUGAUGCAGAGCAAACUCAAGGAAGAAACACUGGAAAAGGAACAGCUCGCCAUGCAAUUGGAAUUGGCUCAAAAACGAACCGAAGAUUUAGAGCAGCAUGUUCAGUUGCAGUUGCAAUUCUUGCAGGCAGUGGGACCCAAAGAUGGUCAACAAGCACAAGCUUUAGUAGGAGAACAGAAAGAUGCAGCACCAAUUCCAGGAAAUCUAGGUGGUUUUGUACGAGAAAUGGAAAUCGUGUCCAACUUGUUGCAGGAAAAAAUCGCGGCUGUCAAAGGAGGAAAGGAAACUCGAAAUGGAGAUAGUGGUAGAGCAGCCGCCGCCGUGGCCGUCACGGCUGGGACGGCAGCCGCUGUGGCUACAAAUAAUAAGGCGGCUUCACAUCCCAAACAAGAACCGGAACCUACCAUGCAAAAUUCAGCAUCGGUGGCUGCCGUGGAAAAACCCUCAGAUGAUGGUGGCGGCAUGUCGACCGGUGCAGCCGUAGCGGUGGGGGCUUUGUGA